CAUCGUUUACCGUUACCCUGUAGCUGUCUCACCGGCGUCUCCGAAAAACCAGUGUCACUUGUGACAAACAAAUCUUGAUCAUCUGAAACAAUUAUUAUUUCUCAGGACGCGGACGAGCGCUUCCUCAUACGUCACCGACAGGCGACCAAUGGCAGCGUUCAUUUUCAGAGCUUACCCACCGCGAGGUAGAAGAAUGUAAUUCUACACAGAAGCUUUUCUUUGCUGGUAAUCAUCUUAUUUGGCGACACAGUGCAGGGAGGACUUCACUGAGAAACAGUAUUUCGGGUGAAUGAGACCUGCGUGUAGCCGUGUGCUCGACAGGUGUAGCGUCCUUGUGCUGUUUUUCACGAAAUACUUUAGCUGCUCCUUGGGGUGACAAGCACAUCGUGCUCACAAAUGACUGAUCCCCAGCAAAGACAUGCAAUAACUUGGACCUGGCAACUGUGGAGACAUUAUCGCCAUGAAAGGCUUCAGCUCCAGAUUGGGCUUUUCGCUGGGCUUCAUUUUAGGGGCCUGCAGUACGUACUUCUUCCUUCACCAGGUGUGGUUUGAGAGAAGUUACCCUGUUCUGUCAGGAGCUCAGGAAAAAGUCACCGCUGUAAGGGAGAGGCCGACCGGCUGGAGGAAGGAGGGAGCUGCUGUUAAGAAUCUGCACCUUCCUCACCGUACAGGUGAAGACAGCCAGGUGGCAGAUAUGUUGUAUCAGAAAGUACGCGUUCUCUGUUGGGUGAUGACGGGGCCGUAUAACCUGCAGAGCAGGGCCCAACAUGUCAGGGCUACCUGGAGUCGGCACUGCAACAUCGUCGUGUUCAUGAGCUCUGUGGACGACCCCGACUUCCCCACUGUGGGCCUGGGGACAAAGGAGGGCCGUGACCAGCUCUACUGGAAGACCAUUCGAGCGUUCCAUUACGUCUACGAACACCACGGGAAUGAAGCAGACUGGUUCUUAAAAGCGGAUGAUGACACCUAUGUGGUAGUGGACAACCUGCGCUGGAUUCUGUCCAACCACUCCUCCGAAGAACCAAUCUAUUUUGGCAAGCGCUUCAAACCUUAUACCAAACAAGGCUACAUGAGUGGGGGAGCAGGUUAUGUACUCAGUAAAGAAGCCCUCAAAAGAUUUGUGGAAGGCUUUCGAACCAAGGUUUGCACACACACGACCCCUGUGGAAGACCUAGCUCUCGGUCAGUGUUUGGAGAAGAUGGGUGUUCUGGCAGGAGAUUCCAGAGACACUUUGCAACGAGAAACUUUUCACCCGUUUGUGCCAGAGCACCAUCUUACUGGCAAGUUCUCCAAGAGCUUCUGGUACUGGAGCUAUUGCUACUACCCAAUUGUUGAGGGUCCGCAGUGCUGCUCUGACCUGGCUGUAUCGUUUCAUUAUAUCGAAGCAGAGCUGAUGUACGUGAUGGAGUACUACACCUACCACCUAAGGGCGUAUGGUUAUAUUCCACGCUACCAGCCCUCUUUACGUCAUGGUUUGAAUGUCAGCCCACACUCGCAGACUGCUGUAACAGCGGGACUUAAAGCAGUUCAGGGGGUGAAGGACGGAAAGAAUCGCACGACUGUUGCCUUUUCUCUCAGUGGAAACCAAACCAAAGAGGAUACGGUGACAGAGGAAAAGGAGACGGAGAAUUUAAACUCCCAUCUCACUGUGAACAGGACUGCAGUUGAAUAAAACGCUGUAUUGUAUUAGCUGUGUUGUGUUUUAGAUGAUGCUGAAUGUGUUUUAACUGCAGUGAUCGCCAUCAGAAACUACAUCAGGAGCACCUGUGGCUACUUUCCUUCUGUUAGUCAAGAAGAACUGUGGUGAAAAGUAUGACUUCUUCUUCACCCUUUUACUGCGCACUAACAAGUCAUGACAACAUGAGUGAGUUGUUAAAGAUAAGAGAUGUUUGAGUGGAGGCUACAUUUGUCUCAGCUGUGUUCAACCAACAUCUGGUUUAGCCUUAAUUAUAUUUGACAUCAUCAGUGUUUGAAUUUAUUGUCACAGCCAAUGUGCUUGGAGUUAUGCAGGAAAAAGCAAUAGAUGUAUAACAUUUAUUAUUAAUUGUGAGUAAUUAAGUAAUUUGGCAUAAAAUGCUUCAAGUUAAUAAAUUAAUUUUGUUUAAAUUUAAUUUGUAACUCAAGCUAAUUAACAGGCUUUAAAACCAGAGCCAGGAUGUUUGAUAUGUUUGUUUCAGAAAUGCAAAAUAAAGUGUUUUCUUUUCA